GAGGAGUUUAACUGAGCAGGGAACAGCAGUCUAUUCAUACCACACUGAUGCUCAUACAGUGGAUCAGUAACACACACACACACACUGAGGCAGGACAUGAUGUCAGUGUAGUGCCUGGUGCACAGUGUCCCUCAGCCUGUGCAGCGAAGUUAAAGCAGAUUAUCGUCAGAGAGCGACAGCAGAGCAGAGCGGCCUCCAUGAGUGAACAGCAACAUAAGCUGAUCAGAGGUGCCGUCUCAGUGACUGGACUCUACCUGGUGUAUGGAUAUGGUGCCUCCCUGCUCUGCAACCUGAUCGGUUUCGUCUAUCCAGCUUAUUAUUCAAUCAAAGCCAUCGAAAGUCCAAGCAAAGAAGACGACACAAAAUGGCUGACGUACUGGGUGGUGUAUGGCGUCUUCAGCUUGGGCGAGUUCUUCUCCGAUAUUUUCCUCUACUGGUUUCCAUUUUACUACGCUUUUAAGUGUCUCUUCCUGUUGUGGUGCAUGGCCCCGAUGUCAUGGAACGGCUCCCAGGUCAUCUACAACAAAGUGGUUCGGCCCGUCUUCCUCCGCCAUGAGGCCACGGUGGACAACAUGGUGAGCAAUCUCAGUGGGAAGGCCAUGAGCGCCGCCGAGAACCUCACCAGAGAAGUCUUGUCCAACCUGGUGAAGAAUAAAGCUCUGGUGACUCCGGUGUCGCCGGUUGCUCAGUCUGAAGCUAAAAGUUUACCAAGCUCAUCAACGGCAGCAUCAUCAUCUAAAACAGCUCCAUCACAGCCGAGUGACGAACGGCCGUCCAGGUAGCAGCAGCAGAGGAAGAGGAGGAGACUCGGUGAGGAAUCAUCUUCCAUCCUGAUGGAUCCCAACAGGAAAAAUCCUCCUGUCAAAGAGACUGAAUUCUUUUUUAUAUGAGAUACGUUAUAUUUCUACAGCAGUCUAACAGGAAGUCACAGAGUCACAGAGUAGAAACCUCUGACCCUGCACCACACUGAUGUUUCUUAUUGUUGUUUUCAGUUUGUUUAUAUUUAUGGAUGUUUUUGCUUGUUUAGAUGAGAAGCACCUGGAACCAGCUGUUAGUGUUGAUCAGGUUCUCCACCAGGGGGCGACGUUUCCAUCAGAGCAGAACAUGAUAAUGACAGAAACAGCUGCUGAGGUUUAAACAGCUGAGUCACAGCUGCACUUUAUUUAUUUAUUUGUUUUUAUUGUGUGUGUGUGUGUGUGUGUGUGUGUUUUAGGACCACUUCCACUUGUAUUUUGGUCCGAGUAUAAAAACUGCAGCAGUUAUUAUUUUUCCUGCCCCUUGUUCUGGUCCUGGUCCUGAACCCUGACCUAGUCUUGGUCUCAGUUCUGGUCCUCGUUUUAAUCUAAAGGUCCUGAUUCUGAAUUUGGUCACAGUCCUGGUUCUAGUGCUGGUCUUGGGUCAAACCCCAUUUCUGGUACUGCCCCUGGUUCUGGUUCUGGUUCUGGUUCUGGUUCUCUGUGUUUCUCAUCACUAUGUUGUUGUUAUUUAUCUAUUUAUUUAUUAUUUGUUUAUAAAUGACAUUAUGACCUUUACAUGAUGAUAAGAAAUAAAAAGUUCUGAUCUGAAUGAAAUAAAAUGA